ACACGACACAUUUUACACGCCAGCGAAUCUCCUUUCCAUAUAACUCACAUUUCACUUCUUUACAUUUUUUCUUUUUCUAUGCUCAUCGCUCCAAGAUGAAUAAUGAUGUUCACGGAAGAGAUGCCAACAACACUUUUCAUACUAUAAACGCUGCUGCUUUUGCUAUUGCUUCUUCCCAGAAUCGCCUUUCUCAACCUCAUAACCAGAAGAAAAAAUGGGGAAGCUGGUUGAACAUAUCCGGGUGUUUCGGACAUCAAAAGAAUCGAAAGCGAAUCGGACACGCUGUUCUUGUUCCAGAAACAACAACUUCUGGAGCAGAUGCAUCUGCUAUAGCUGUUAAUUCAACAGCUCAAGCACCACCUAGUAUAACACUUCCCUUCAUUGCUCCUCCUUCGUCUCCAGCGUCUUUCUUUCAAUCCGAACCUCCUUCAACUGCACAAUCACCUGUUGGUUUUGUAUCGAUAACUUCUGUGUCUGCAAGCAUGUACUCUCCUGGUGGCCCUGCUUCAAUGUUUGCCAUUGGUCCUUACGCCCACGAAACACAAUUAGUCUCGCCGCCUGUUUUCUCGGCUUCAUCAACUGCUCCUUUCACUCCACCACCUGAGUCUGUCCACUUGACUACGCCUUCAUCGCCCGAGGUUCCAUUCGCUCAACUAUUCGACUCCAACAAUAGAAAUUCUGAGACUUACAAGAGGCUACAAAUAUCUCACUAUGACUUCCAAAACUAUCAGUUUCAUCCUGGAAGCCCGGUUGGUCAACUGAUAUCACCAAGAUCAGCGAUCUCAGCCUCUGGCACCUCAUCUCCUUUGCCUGAUGAAUUCACUACUACUACUACUGGUGGCUCUCAUAUCCUUGAUUUUCAAACAGCUGACACUGCUAAGUUUCUUAAAUUGGAUAAACUCUCGACUUACGAAAAACACAAGUCGGAUCAAAGUUCCGGGUCUAUAACACCAGAUACUGUAAAGUCCACUACUCAACCUGGCUUUCUUCCAAAUCAUCAUUGGGUUUCUGAUAUCAAAAUUUCCUCUUGUCCAAGCAAAUAUCGCCAAAACGAGAUCAGCAUAAAUCAUCGAGUCUCAUUUGAAUUAUCGGCCCAAAAGGACACAUUGUCAUCGUCUGUCGAAAACAAGCCAACAGUAUCAACAUGGACUAAAGCUCUGUCGAAAUCUAAAGUCGACACAGCAACAACAACAACAAACAAAGAAGAGAAUUCAAGAGAGAGUCAAUGUGAUGAGAAACAAGUUGUUACAGAAACUCUAAUUGACGCACCAAAGCAAACAGUUGAUGAAAAGGAUCAUCGGUCGAUAACCCUUUGUUCUUCUUCAACUAAAGAAUUCAACUUUGAUAAUGCAGAUGGUGGAGAUUAUUCUCAAGCACCAAAUAUAGUUGCUGAUUGGUGGGCUAAUGAGAAAGUUGCAUGGAAAGAGAGAGAGGCCUCAAAAGAUUGGUCUUUCUUUCCAAUUAUUCAACCUGGUGUUAGCUAGCAAGUAAAGAAUUAACAUAUAUAUUAAGUGGCUUUUUGUUCACACAAUUUGACACUGGUUUUGAAUUUUGUGCUGUGCUGCUACUAAUUUAGCAACACAUACUAAAUUGAAAUUGUGGUGAAUUAAAGAUUGGGAAUUCUAACACAGUGAUGUGAUGAUAUGGGGUUUGUUUUUUGAACACAAUAGCCCUUAAAGCAAUAGUGAGGUUGCAUAAUUUGUGUUUUGUAGUUCUUACCAAGUUUGGGUUAGAAAUAGAUGUAUGUACAUAUUUUAGUGUUUGUAAUUGUACUCUACCUUUCUCGUAAUUUUAUAUGUAGUUUUUGUAAUAGACUAAAUAAAUUGAGAUAUUGUCGGAAUGCUACAAAACUUUGCAAA